CGCGCCAGUAAGCAGCGCUACUCGUGACUUGUACUCACACCACACGCUCAAGCGUACCUCGUCCCUGUCCCUGUCCCUGCGCCGCUCGACCGACCAAAAUACUCAAAGCGGCGUUGCAGCUUGCAAGCCCAGCAAUCGCUCGCAAAACUUCCAUCAUCGCCAGCCAGUCAGCUCGCGUCCAACGCUUGCGCGCGCGCGCCCUCCCGAGACUUUUACCUCGCUUUUGCUCGCUGCACAGACGAUGCAAUCGAAAUGGGGGAAAGGGUGAGGCUUCGUCGAUCCUCAAUUCGUUUGCCUGCCAUCCGCACGUUUGGAGAAGCGUCGUCGCGCGUGCAUAAGUAGGGAUGCGUCGUCGUCACAUUCAAAAGCAAGGCUACCCGGAUUCCCUCGAGGCGUUCGGGAGCGUACAUUGGUGCUGCCGGAUCGUCAGCUCGGUCAGUCUAGCGACAGGCGAGCAGAAGCGCGUCGACCGCUCUCAGCGAUGCCGGGCGCAUGCGGGUCCCUGCGUUGCUAACGCUUCACGAGUGGUGUAGCCCACAUUCAAAGGAUGAUACACCUGAUCUUACCUCGCAUUUCCACUCCGUUCAAGCGAGACACCACCCAUUGCGCAGCACGAACAGCG